AUGACCCCCCCACCCCCCAUCCCACCCCCCCAAAUCCGGGAGAAAAUCGACCUCCUCAUCACCAACCUGAUCAACAUCCACGACUCCACCGGCCAGUUCCUCCUCCACCUGCCCGACGGACGCAUCAUCGACACCAAAUCCUGGCACGGCUGGGAAUGGACGCACGGGAUCGGCCUGUACGGGAUCUGGAAAUACUACGAACUCACGGGCUCCGCGACCCAUCUGCAAACGAUCCGGGAGUGGUUCGCCGCGCGCUUCGCCGAGGGGGGCACCACCAAGAACAUCAACACGAUGGCCGUCUUCCUGACCCUCGCCCACCUCUACGAGACCACCCGCGACAUCACCUACCUCCCCUGGCUGGACGCGUGGGCCGAGUGGGCGAUGCACGAGCUCCCGCGCACCCAGCACGGGGGCAUGCAGCAUAUCACCUACCUGACGGAAAACCCCCAGCAAAUGUGGGAUGAUACCUUGAUGAUGACCGUCCUGCCCCUAGCCAAGAUCGGGCGCUUGCUGGGCCGCCCGGCGUAUGUGGAGGAGGCGAAGCGGCAGUGUUUGUUGCAUCUGCAGUAUCUGUUUGAUGCACGCUCCGGCUUGUUUUUUCAUGGGUGGCAGUUCACCCCGUCUGACGACAACAACAACAACGGCAAUCAGCAGGGGCAUCAUUUUGCGGAGGCCCGCUGGGCGAGAGGGAAUAGCUGGAUCACGAUGGUGAUUCCCGAGAUCGUGGAGUUGUUGGAGUUGGAUGCUACCGAUCCCAUUCGCGUGCAUCUGCUGAGUGUGUUGGAGGCGCAGUGUGCGGCCCUCCGCCGAUUGCAGGAGGCGGACGGCUUCUGGCAUACCCUGCUGGAUGUCAAGGAUUCCUAUGUCGAGGCCUCGGCCACCGCCGGGUUCGCCUAUGGGAUGUUGAAGGCGGUGCGCAAGCGGUACCUGCCCCAAGAGUAUCGGGCGGUGGCGGAGCGCGCGAUUCAGGCGGUGGUGGGCGCGGUGGAUGCGCAGGGCGAGUUGCAAAACACCAGUUUUGGCACGGGGAUGGGCGAUUCUUUGCAGUUUUACAAGGAGAUUCCGCUCACGGCGAUGCCGUAUGGGCAGGCGAUGGCGAUUAUGGCCUUAGGGGAGUAUCUCCGUGGGAGGGUGUAUUAG